AAAAACGAAAGAAUGAAAUAACGGUCAGGCGACCUCGACGCCGCCAUCAUGGAGCAAGUGUGUGUCAAUGUGUGCCAAGUGUGAGUGUGUGUAAUGACUAGCACAAGAAAUAAAUACAAAUUUCGAGCAGCAACAACAACAAAAAUCUUCAUCAGCAGGCAUCUCCAGCUGCUCACUGGAAUAAAAGAAAAAGCCAAAAGCAAAAGCAAAAAAGAAAAUUAAAAUUAAAAGAAUUUCAUAACACUUUAAAUGAAAUUCCCGUAUUAAUCGCUCCUCAUUACAAACUAAUUUCGCUGUAAAUACGAACAUGAAAAUGUGUAAAUUCUAAAGGCAGCAGCCAGCAACAACAAACUAGUCCCCCCACCACCCCCUUGCCCUCUUGCCCCGACCCAUCUGUAGCACCUGCCCACGCAGCGCCAAUGAAAGUGAGAGCGCGUCCAACGGACAUUUCAAGAACAACUAAAUAAUAAUAAUAAUAAUUCAUCAAGUUCCUAACUGUUUUCUGUGCUUCUCUUUUCCCUUCCCCGCCGCCAACUUCUUGUGUGCAGAUAAAAAAAAUCAAAGUUUUGCGCAAAGGAAUAGAAGCAGCGCCCAAAAGGCAGAGCCAAAAAUUUCUCUGCACAUGCAUGUAAAAACUAAAAAAAAAGUGGAAUUAUUCGAAAAAAAAACAACAACUACAGCUACAACUACAACAACAACAACAACUAGAACUACAGCAAGAGCGUGCAAGGCGCGAGAGUCGAAAGCACACACAAGCAAAAGCACUCGAUAAAAAGUUAUUAGCAAAAACAUAAAUACGUUACUUGCUCUCUUUUCCGCGCGCGCUCUCACGCUCUCCCCCUCGCUCUCUCACAAAAAGGGCGCCCAACGCCAACGCUCAGCCCAAGUGCUCUGUGUGGGAGUGCGAGCUGAGAGUGGGAGAGGCAGAACGAGACGGACAGUAGGUAGGUCAGUGGCAGUGGGCGGCCUAGCAGCGGCAGCAGCGCGAGCGCCAGCGGCAGCGCCAGCUGUGGCAGCUACGCCAACGCCAACGCCAAACGCCAACAUCAACUUGAACUUGCAAAGGGCAGCAUGUCCUGCACCGUCUCCGAGCUGCCCAGUGGCUGUCGUUUGCGCGGCAUGACUGCAUCCUCACAGAGCGCGGCGGCAGCGGCGGCGGCGGCCAACAACGGGAAUGGGAACGGGAACGGGAAUGGUAACGGGGAUAGCGUCGGUGCCGGACCUGGCAGCGGCUUGAGCUCAACUGGGGGCAUCGGGGGCGUCAGCGGCACAACGGGCACAAGCGCAACGCUGCAGGGCAGCGUUAGCGCCACAUCGAACGUGCUGCAGGAGUCGAAUGCGACGCUGCAGCGGCCGCAGUCGCAGAAGCCAUGCUGCUUUUGUUGGUGCUGUUGUUGUUCCUGCUCCUGUCUUGCCAUCAAGAAUGCCGAUGAAAAUGCGCCCACCAAACGUGAUCUCGUUAGCGCCGAUUUCCUAGAUGGCGAUCAACCCACAUUAGAAGAAAUACGUAGUUGGGGUAAAAGCUUUGAUAAACUAAUGAAGAGCUCAAAUGGCCGCAAGGUAUUCCGGGAUUUUCUGCGCAGCGAAUUCAGCGAGGAGAACAUACUAUUUUGGCUGGCCUGCGAGGAUCUGAAGAAGGAGAACAGCGCCGAGGUGGUCGAGGAGAAGGCGCGCCUCAUCUACGAGGACUAUAUAUCGAUACUAUCGCCGCGCGAGGUCUCCCUGGACUCGCGAGUGCGCGAGAUUGUCAAUCGCAAUAUGAUCGAGCCGACGACCCACACCUUCGACGAAGCUCAAAUACAAAUCUAUACGCUGAUGCACAGAGACUCAUAUCCCAGAUUCCUAAACUCGCAAAAGUUCAAGACACUCGCUCAAAUGCAAGACAAUUCGAAUGCCGGCUCCAAGGCGGAUAGUCCCACUUAGAUCUGUUAUCCUAUACAAUUGACUCUAUGUUGAGUUGAUUUUGUUGUUGUUUUAACAUUAGACUAUUUAAUUUCUUAUUUAUUUUUUGAUUUCCCGGUUAACCCCGAAGCCUGUUCACAAACUGUUGCCGCCAACAACAACCGCACAGCUGUCCUUUAAAAAAAAAAAAAAAAAAGAAGAUGAAAAGAAAAACACAAAGCAAUAUGUCAUACAAACUAAAUAGAUUCGAUUCCAUUUGGCGUGUG